GCUUUAAAACUUGAUACUAUUGUAAAAGGAGAUGCACCCACUAGUCUGGCCACAACAAGUCUUUUCAAGCGAGAGCCGUGGGAGCCACAGUGUUUCUAUCCCGAUUUUCCUCAUGAAAUUGUAUGCGGCGAUUCUUGGGGGGAUAACAGAAUUAUAUUAGCUACAGAAGAUGGUGUUUUUCUAGUCGAAGAGGGCGUUAGUCACAGGUUAAUAUUUGACAAAUCCUUGCAAGCGAAGCAAUUAAGUGUAGUUGAAGCGCACGGUAUCUUACUUUUACGAGCUGAUAAAGGUCGUGAUAGCCGGAUUCAUGUAUUUCGUCUAUCAGAUUUUGAAGGAGAACAUAAUGAGAGUGUCGUCCGAAGCAAAUCAGAUGUGCGAGAUCACAAAAUUGAGCGAACUAAAGGUUGCCAUUUGUAUGCUCUCAGUCGCCCAGGAGGUAGUCAUCUGAGAAUGGUGGUAGCAGUUGGUAAAAAACUCAUUAUCCUACAAUGGCGACAUUCAGCGGCUUGGACGACAUGGUGCGCUGCUUCCGAUACUGAUACAGUUGAUGGCUUUCAGUUUACAAGGGAGAUAUCUCUAUCUGAAACUCCACAGCUCAUUACACUGGUUGACAGUCCUGUAUCUGGUUUUGAUAACCAGAUUUGCGUUGGAUACAGGCACCAGUUUGAUUUGGUCAAUGAGAAAACGGGAGAAACACAACGUCUGCACGUUGUAGAAGGAAAUAAGGGUCAUCUCAUAGCAGCAAUUGAUAUAUAUGAAGACGACGAAGCAGAAUUAUUGUUGUGCUAUAAUCAUAUGACACAUUUUCAAAAGCUUUUUGAGGAAGGCACUAGUGAAUUCGAUUUCCAGUGGAAUGCUGUUCCCGAAGCAAUUGUCUGUGCCUUUCCGUAUGUAAUGGCGUUUACAGCUGACACCAUAGAAAUACGACUUGUCAUCAAUGGAAACCUUGUAUCAAGCAUGGUUAUGCCCAGUCUGAAACUAAUCACAGCAAAAGCUGACAUCAUAUUUGCUACAACCGCUCCAGAAUUUUUCCAGGUGCGUAGGGAGCGGGUAAAGGUCGACAAGAUGGACCGUGAUCCUAGUCUUUCACCACCCUCAUCCCCCCACUCAACUGGUAGCGGUCCUCCAGGUUCUGCUGAUGGUGUAAAACCUUUUCGAAUAUUCCGCAUUUCAUACACUUCUCUGACUGGAAGCUCCCCUAGUGAGAGGCGUGUGCCAACACCUUCAACCCCCACGUCUACCACUAUGCUCAAUGCCACAUCAUCCGGCAUAAAUUAUCUAAGCCCAGGCGCUCAG